AUGGAGUCCCUGGGUUACGUGCUGAUGUACUUCCUCCGCGGCAGUCUUCCCUGGCAGGGUCUUAAAGCGGGCACCAAGCGACAGAAGUACGAACGCAUCAGCGAGAAGAAGAUGGAGACGUCGAUUGAAUCACUGUGUGCCGGCUAUCCAGGUCAGUGCUCUCUUUAUCUUUUCUGUUGGUUGGUUGGUAGCGAUUGCGUGGCAUUUGUCGUAGUGCCACCGAUGGUGGUGUGGUCAACGCAGUGA